AUGAACACCGGUACAAUCCUUCUGGUCCUGUGUUGUUCUUCUGUGAUUUCGCAACUAUUGGAGGGCGAUUGUGACAGAGGAAACUCGUGUGGAGCUCAUGGGGAAUGUAUUGCUGACGCUACGGAAGCGAAAUUCUGGUGCAAGUAAGUCACGUUUUGUUUUUCAGUCGGUAGGCCAGACCAUUGAGCAGUAGAGCACUUGGUUCGGUGGUCGGCAUCAUCAGACAGACACCGUCCGAUGCCUUUACAAUCACCUUCCCAUGGUUGUCAUCCAGUUGACAGUCUUAGUAGCAACCACACCAUAUAACCCAACAGGAUUACGGUGUCGGCUCUUUCAUUGACUAAACACCUUGCAGAUGUGCUGACGGAUUCGGGGGCGCCUUCUGUGAGCAGAGAUGUCACCUCAAGUGCGGGAACGGCAAAAAGUGCGUGAAAACAGCGUUUGGAAGGGCUGAAUGUGUCUGCGAAGGUGGGUAGAGUUUCUGGAAUUCUACAUGGAAAUUUGAAUUCUCCGAGACUUUCAAUCUCUGAACUUUUUCAGACUGUGAUAGUAAUGAUAGAUGGAGUUCUUCUCGAUUCGAUUGCCCGCCCGGUCGCAAAGGUUAGUCUUUUUUCUGUUUUUGCGUGCGCAACACUGGGAGAAGAGGGAGAGGGUCAAUUAUCUCGCAUAUGUAUGUCGUAGAAUCUCGUACACUGUACGUAGUCAGAUUUGUCUGCAUUUGUGCGUACAAUUUGAAUAAUUUUGAGAUAAUUUCUUAUAAAUCAUCAAAAAGGCAUUCAUUUUUUUCAGGUUUCGACUGCUUCUUGUCGUCGAAGAAUCAAAAGCGAGACCCGUGCUUCCUGAAUCCGUGCAAACACGGCCAAUGCUUGACAUUCGAAGGAGGAUUCCAAUGUCUUUGUGAUGAUGGAUACAGCGGAUCGUUCUGUCAGGAGGGACAGAAUUACUGUUCAGACAACAAGUGUCUAGCGGGUGCUCGUUGCACCAACUCAUUCGGCGGCUACUUCUGUGAUUGUCCGCUUGGAAGGUCCGGACAGUUCUGCGAACGGAUCGAUUGCUCUGAUCUGCCCGGAGUUUGCAACAACGGAAAAUGUGUUGUCCCCACCACUUCUGGAAAACCGUUCGAUUGUGAAUGUCAAGAAGGAUUUGAAGGAGAGUUCUGUGAGAAGGACAAAAAUGAAUGUCUGGCUGAAGGACUCUGCUUCAACAAUGGAAGUUGCGUCAACCUGAACGGAUCUUUCCGGUGCGAGUGUCCGGCCGGAUUCACUGGCAAGUGGUGUGAGGAACGGGUCGACAUGUGCUCCACCAUCAAGUGCAGCAACGGAGGAAUGUGCAUGCAUACUGAACGACAACAGCCCGUGUGCCAGUGCAAAAACGGAUUCAUCGGACAGAGCUGCGAACAAAAGUGUCCGAGUGGAUACGGAGGCGUUCAAUGCACAAUCCCUUUGACCGUCGGCGGAUGUUCAAGACACGGAAACCGGUGCAGGAACGGUGGAAGAUGCAUCAGGGGGUUCUGUGUCUGUCCGCCGGAUUUCACUGGAGAUCAAUGCGAACUGGAGAGACGAGACCUCGUUCGAGCUGCACAACAUUGUGAUUGUUCUAACAACGGAUAUUGCAUUCAGUCGGAUUCGGGAACUGGGAACAAGUGCAUUUGUGAGCAAGGAUUUGUUGGAAAUCACUGCGAACAGACGGGUAAGCCACAGAAGAUUAUCGGACUUGUCAUUCAGGGAGAAUUUUCAGAUUUCUGCGCCUCGAACCCAUGUGCGAACAACGGGAAGUGUCAUCUAUCGCAAGACUCGUUUGUUUGCAAGUGCCCACCUGGAUUCUCUGGACUCGUAUGCGAUAUUUCUUUGUCUCCGUUCCAAUUGACUCAAAAGUACCCUUUCCACGCCGAAAAUGUGGUAAUGUCAGUUAUUUUCAGGUCAAAAUUGCAAUGUGAAUAUCCGAGCUGCGCAAUCGUUUCUGGAAACGGAAUUUGCAACGCAGAAUGCAACAAUGUCGCAUGUGAUUUUGACGGAGGAGACUGUUCCGGAAAUCGAACUCCGUUUGCAAAGUGCAAAUACGCUUGCGCUGACGUCUUCGCCGAUGGAGUGUGCAAUCCUGAAUGCAACUCGGAACAGUGCCUCUACGACGGAAUGGAUUGCAUGCCGACUAUCGAUCGGUGUCCCCUCGCCAUCCGGGAGCACUGUUCGGUGAAUUUCGCGAACGGUGCGUGCAACUCGGAAUGUAACGUCAAGGAGUGUGGUUUUGACGGAGGCGAUUGCGUGAAGAACAUCGAAACAACUGUCUUGACGGAUAUUCGAGUGACGAUGAGGAUGAAUCCCGAAGAGUUCCGGCAAUCAGGAGGACAGGCGCUGAUGAACAUCAGUCAAGCCAUUCAAAUGACUGUACGGAUUCAAAAAGACGCGGACGGACCGCUGGUAUUCGAGUGGAACGGAGAAGCCGAACUCGGAAGAGUUGAGAUGAACUGGGACCAGUUGCUCGAGCAGCAGAUUCUGUCGUCGCGAACCCGACAUACUCGGAAUACUGGAGUUCAUGGAGUCGUGGCUUACCUGGAGAUGGAGGAGAUCUGUGAUAGGACGUGCCGCUUUUCCGAUUCUCAAAGUGUGGUUGACAUGAUAACCGCGGGAUUGGCCAAGACGAAUGUAAGACUUUUUGACUGUAUCAACUCGAGACAUCGAUCUUUUGCAGGGUGCCACUUCGUUUGGUGUUCCCAUCACAGAGGCAUUGGUCGCCUCACCCAGAAGGUCUUCUGAUGCAGAUUCAAACUGGAGCAGUGCCAUCUUACUCGCAGUUGUCGGAAUCAUGAUAGUAUGUGUGGUUAUCGCGGGAAUGAUUGCCGGACAGGAUGAAGAGAGAAGUCGGACGAGACGCAACGUGACUGUUACAUCCACGUGGAUCCCUGACCCAGAAGACAUACACGAUCUGCGGCUUUGGGGACUCGCAGAAAACGAUCCAAAUGCGAAGCCUCGGUCGCAAACUGGUCGUAGGACGACAAGAAUGGAUUUGAAUUGGCCAAGUGGGAGUGUCGGUGCAUUCGUGUACAAUCCCGACUACCGCAGUCAACAAGAAUCCGGCUACGCUACUAUUCAGUGUUACGGAAAAUAUCCUGGAACUAGCCAAGAUUUUGACCGUUCCAAUCAAAGCCGCGUCCAACAUGGUCCGGCAACAUCAUCAGAAACAGUGCAGCAGUGUUUACAAGUAACGAACUGGAACUCGAUGUAAGAUUUUACGAGUUUGUCCCUGUAAAUUGUUGAAUUUUCAGACACGUUCAAGCUGCUGGUCCCUAUCAAAUCACGAACACACUCACCACCAUGUCUGUCAUUGAACGAGAUUCGCAUGGAAGAACUGUUCUGCAUUGGCUGGCGGCCAACCGACAAGGCAAAUCUGAAGAUCUGAUUGUAAUGGAAGCGACAGAGUGUAUCAGGAUGGGAGCUGAUGUGAAUGCCAGAGAUAACGAUGCAAACACUCCGCUCAUGUUGGCAGUUCGGACUCGCCGUUCCAAACUGGUGAUUAUGCUGCUGCGAGCGGGUAGCGACCCCACGAUGAUCGACAAGUCGGAUCGGAAUGUUCUGCAUCUGACCGCUUCCUACAGUGACUAUCCAAUUAUGAAAAUCCUGCUGACCAACAGAAACCUCCGCAAGGAUAUCGAUCAAAUGGACAGGAAUGGGAUGACUCCGCUGAUGCUUGUGGCCUCGAAGUUCGGAGCACAACAGCUGAAACUGGCCGAACUGCUUCUAUUGCAUGGGGCAAAGGUUGAUGAAAAUGGAGUGGAAAGAUAUGAAUCGCCCAUUUUUCACGGACAAACAGCGCUCCAUUUUGCUGUAAGUGUUGACAAUGUCGAGAUGGCUACGUAUCUACUAUCUCAUCACGCGUACAAAGACAAGCAGGACGAGGAGGGAUACUCUCCGGUUAUGGUAGCAGCGAUGAAAGGACACAAGCAGUCAGUGAAGAUGUUGACGGAAAAGAAUGCGAGUCUGAACCUGACUGACUACAGAGAGAAUACGGCUGCGCAACUUGCUCGAAAAAAUCAUUUCAUCGAGAUCGCCGAAUAUUUGGAAGCGAAAGCACUCAAACAGGAGAGCAGAGAAGGCCGGAAAGCAGAGAAACGUCCGCUCAAUAAGACGAAUCCAAACACCAAGGCAACGAAGAAAACCGGUGGUCGGCCCAAGAAAGUUGCAGCGACAUCUAAGAGCGUACAAGUGGAGGCUCAGCUCACUCCACCACCUUCCGACGGAUCCUCGUACCGCACAAUGUCUCCUCGUUCCUUCCCUACUCCACCGGCAGAGACAACACGUUCGACACCACCAACAGCUGGCGCUCACACAAUUACGGUAGGCAAACAUAGUUUCACAACACAAUUCCAUUUUUUCAUUUUCCAGAUCCCAUCGACCAUACCACCUACCGAAGCAAAAAUCCAAUGCAGUGACGGUACCUACUGGAAUCAGCCCUACGACUUCGCAGCGACCACCAGCUCGUUCCACUACUAA